UUGGGCUCACUAGCAAACACUGAGACCCACUGGGCGAACACACAGUAAGCCUUAUUGGGCUUGCAAAAACUACCCAAUAAGUAUUUCCCGGUAUAUAAAACCUCACUAGGGCUUCGUCAGAGGUCAUCUGCAGGGAAGAAGGAAGCGCGGCGGACUCCAUAGCUGACAGCCAUGGUUCUCAAGACAGAGCUUUGCCGUUUCAGUGGUGCCAAGAUAUACCCUGGCAAAGGCAUCAGAUUUAUUCGCUCAGACUCCCAGGUUUUCCUCUUUGCUAACUCGAAAUGCAAGAGGUACUUCCACAACCGCUUGAGGCCUGCGAAGCUUACUUGGACUGCCAUGUACCGUAAACAGCACAAGAAGGAUAUUGCUGCUGAAGCUGUGAAGAAGAGGCGUAGGGCCACGAAAAAACCCUACUCGAGGUCCAUUGUCGGUGCCACAUUGGAAGUCAUCCAGAAGAGGAGAACCGAAAAGCCUGAAGUCCGUGAUGCCGCACGUGAAGCCGCUUUACGUGAAAUCAAGGAAAGGAUCAAGAAAACGAAGGACGAGAAGAAAGCUAAAAAAGCGGAGUUGAUUUCCAAGCAAAAGACGAGCAAGGGCAAUUUGCCUAAGGGUGGUGCUGGAUCGAAGGGUCCUAAGAUUGGCGGUGGUGGUGGCAAGCGUUGAUUCUAUUUUUGAUUUUUGAUUUUCGAUUUUCGACUGCCUUGAAUUCUAUAUUGAGUAUAUUGAUAUGGUUGUUGAUCUAUUAUGUUACUUUUUCUUUUUGUACCAAACUUGUUAUUGACAUGCUAUUGUUCUUUGUUGCAAGCAGUAGUUUAUGAGGCAAGUGAGACAUGGAUUUUUUGUUACAAGUACCCUUUGUGUCAUCUCUUUAGGGCACAUUUGUUAGGGGAGAUAGGAUGAGAUUGGGCCCUUAAUCUCCCAAAAAAAGUAUGUUUGAUGCCUUAGAUUUAGGCCCGCGAUUUAGUCUUCAGCCCGCGACCAAAUUUGCAAUUAUCUGCCGUAUCCGGACCAACCCCCAAAGACUGUGAGUAUCUGCACAGUACAUGCACUACCAUUUGACGUUUGUACCCCUUCUUUUGAAAUUUUUUUGACAGUUGUAUCCUGGUAUGUCCGACUAUUUACCGAGUUGCCAUCCAUCCUACUAAUCAAUGAAAAGUAAAGUAGCUUUUUAUGCUUCA